GGAAGCAAAACACACGGCAGUGCGCAGGCGCAGCGGCAAGCUGAGCUCGCGCUGCAGAGGGACCAACUCACUGAGCAGCUUAACUUAAUUUAAACUUUAUUUAAACUUUAUUUAAACUUUAUUUUUUAUUGGUAACCAUCGACACCGUGACGUCACGAAGUGUGUGAGAAACAGCACGAGACGAAGCGGGAAACUGGAGCUGUUUGACCAACGCGGAAGUGAAUGAUGAAGAGGAGUCAGCUGCUGUCCGUGUUGGUGGGCGGAGUCUUCUGCUUCGCUGUGAUGUCACUGUACCGCAUGCUGGAGCUGAUGCAGGGGGCGGAGCUUCAGCAGAGCCAGGAGAAACCUGCCGGACAGGUAGACGAGGAUUUGUCCCGCCUCCAGAAGAAGAUUGACAGGCUGGAGCGUCUCCUCUACGACAACAACCGUCUGGUUGCUACGCUACGUGACUCUCUGCUCCUCCGCAAAGCAUCAUGGGAAAAGGAAAGACAAGGUGGAAGGGUCAACUUGAGCUUGGUCUCCGCCCACAGCCAAGCUGACACGCUGCCAGGCUGCCGAUUGGCUGCAGAGAUAAAGGAUGGAACAAAGCUGCUCGACGUGUACGACCUCCUGCCUUUCGAUAACCUGAACGGCGGCGCCUGGAAACAGGGCUUCGAGAUCAGUUACCAUGACAACGAGUGGGACGAACAGCCGCUGGAGGUGGUCCUGGUUCCUCACUCACACAACGACCCGGGCUGGUUGAAGACCUUUGACGGUUAUUAUCAGGAUCAGACCCGACACAUUCUGGACAACAUGCUGACCAAGCUGAGCGAGGACGCCAGGAGGAAGAUGAUCUGGGCGGAGAUCAGUUAUUUCUCUAAGUGGUGGGCGGAGCUUGAUGAGCAGAAGAGGGCGAUGGUCAGACGGCUUCUGAAGGCAGGCCAGUUGGAGCUGGUGACGGGAGGAUGGGUGAUGGCAGACGAAGCUAACUCUCAUUAUUACGCGCUGCUCGAUCAGCUGAUGGAGGGACACCUUUGGAUGCAGCGACACCUGGGUGUGCAGCCAAGCAGUGGCUGGGCCAUCGACCCCUUUGGCCACUCCCCCUCCAUGACCUACCUGCUGAAGGGGGCGGGGCUUCAAAACAUGGUCAUCCAACGAGUUCACUACGCUGUGAAGAAACACUUUGCCCAGCAACGGACCCUCGAGUUUCUAUGGCGACAAAACUGGGACUCCUCCCCCCGCAGUGACAUCACAUGUCACAUGAUGCCUUUCUACAGCUACGACGUGCCGCACACGUGUGGUCCAAACCCAGCGGUCUGCUGUCAGUUUGAUUUCCACCGCCUGCCUGGGAGGCGGGUCGUGUGUCCAUGGAGGACAGCACCACAGCCAAUCACAGAGCAGAACGUCAAGGAGAGGGCGCAGCUCCUCCUCGAUCAGUACCGUCAGAAGUCCCGUCUCUUCAGCUCGCCCGUCCUCCUCGUCCCGCUCGGCGAUGACUUUCGCUUCAUGGAGGCGAGCGAGUGGGACGUUCAGUUCGAAAACUACCAGAAACUGUUCGACUACUUCGACCAACACCCGGAGCUGCAUGUCAAGGCUCGUUUCGGGACGCUCUCAGAUUACUUCCUGGCUCUUCAUAAACGUCUGAGCGCGGCGGGAACGACUCUGCCAGCGGUGCGCGGCGACUUCUUCACGUACGCCGACAGGGACGACCAUUACUGGAGUGGAUACUUCACCUCCCGCCCCUUCUACAAACGCCUGGACAGGACGCUGGAGGCCACGCUCAGAGCGACAGAAAUCCUCUUCAGUCUCACGCUGGCUGAAAUGCGUCGUUUCCAUGGCGACCGUCGUCUGGUAGCAGAUUUCCCAGCACGUGAUCACUUCCUGUCUCUGACGGCGGGGAGGCGGAACCUGGCUCUAUUCCAGCAUCACGAUGCGGUCACCGGCACCGCACGCGACCCUGUGGUGGUGGAUUACGGCACCAGAUUGUUUCUCUCCAUCCUGAACCUGCGCAAGGUGCUGCAGAGCUCCGCCCACUGGCUCCUCCUAUUGGACAAGAGCCAGUACCACCACAACCAGUCGAAACCCUUCUUGCAAAUGGCUGACUCCAUCUCAGCGCAGGACGCUCUGCCUCAGAAGACAUUGCUCAUGCUCAGUGACGAGCCCAGGUCAUUGGUGGUCUUUAACCCGACGGAGCAGCGCCGAUCUGCAGUCAUCAGUGUCGUCGUCGACUCUCCGGAUGCUCGUGUCGUUGAUGCAGAAACAGGUCAACCAAUGGCUGCACAGAUCUCUGCUGUGUGGGCGGAGCCAAGCAGAGUGUCCACAGAAGCCUUCCAGCUGGACUUUGUGGCCGAACUUCCUCCUCUGUCUCUCGUGGUUUAUCAUGUGACCAAAUCCUCUGUUGGCUCCACCCCCCGCGCUCAGUACACCUUCAGUCGUCAUGGCAACCCGACCGAAGUCAAGUCUGAACACUUCCAGGUGUCGCACCUGGCUGAGGCUGACAUCCCCCUGUCGCUUAGCAACAAGCACAUCCAAAUAUGGAGUUCCUCAGAGACCGGCCUGCUGCAGAAGCUACGCCUACAGUCCGGUCUGGUCCGUCAGAUCCAAGUCCAGUUUCUGUGGUACGGGACCACAUCCAAGCAUGACAAGAGUGGAGCCUACCUGUUCCUGCCAGGGCCAGAGGGUGCUCAGCUCUACUCGUCCUCAGAGCCUCCAUUGGUCCGGGUCUCCAGAGGUCCCAUUUUCUCUGACAUCACUUCCUGUUACAAACAUUUCACACACAGAGUUCGACUUUACCACCUGGAGGGGCAUGCUGGGAGAUCGCUGGAGAUUUCCAACAUGGUGGACAUCAGGUCAGAGGUCAACCGAGAGCUUGUCAUGCGGCUCAUCAGUGAUGUUACCAAUGGCAACCGCUUCUUCUCUGACCUCAACGGGUUCCAGAUGCAGCAGCGGCGGACUCUGGCGAAGCUCCCCCUGCAGGCGAACUUUUACCCGAUGAGUUCGGCGGCGUUCGUUCAGGACUCGACGUCUCGCCUGUCUCUGCUGUCGGCUCAGAGUCAGGCCGUGGCAUCCCUCAGACCAGGUGAGCUGGAGGUGGUGUUGGACCGGCGGCUGCAGCAGGACGAUAACCGCGGUCUUGGUCAAGGAGUCACGGACAACAAGCUGACCUCCAGUCUCUACGAGCUGCUGCUGGAGGACAGGAGGGGCGGGGCUCAGGAAGUGGGAGGGGCCUCAGUGGAACACCUGUCCCUGCUCGCCCACAUUACCUCGCUUUGCCUCUGCCACCCACCAGUUACCAUGGUUACCCCUAGCAACAGCCAGCUGCCAAAGCUCCGCCCCUUCCUGCCACUUGGCACGUCGCUGCCGUGUGACGUUCACCUGCUGAACCUGAGGACGCUGGAGGACACGCAGGAAGCAGACACUCCAUCACAGGAAGUGGCCCUGCUCCUCCACAGGAAGGGCUUUGAUUGUAGCUCCGCCCCCCAGCCAGCAUUGCAGUGCACAUGGAGCAAAGACGAGGAGGUGAAUCUGGACGAUCUGUUCUCCCCUCUUCAGUUCCGGUCGGUCCGUCGUUCUGGUCUCACUCUGCUGAGAGAACAUGAUGAGCCAGAUUCUGUCGGGCAGCAGACUCACAUCACUCGGCUGCAGCCGAUGGAGAUCAGUGCUUUCAGAGUGGAGCUCGAGUGACCGACAAAAAGAAGACGUUACAAAAACAUGGAGUCAGGAUAAACUCUUUAAUCUGAAGGUUCAAAUCUAACAUCUUCAGACUGUGAGGCAGAACACAUUCAGCUGUUACACACACACACACACACACACACACACACACACACACACACACACACACGUACACACUAACACACA